AUGGCUGAUAUCGUGCCCUUCGCUUGUGACGUAUGUAGACUUAUUACUGCUAGCACGAAUUUCACAAAACAAUGGACUGUUGACUGCCGAAAAUGGACCAAUAAUCCGAUUGUUGGUCCGAGCAAUUCUACAAUCUGCUCAGUAAAUGUGUAUCCAAGUAGUGCCAGUCGAGCGACGAUCAGUUAUACCAGAAAAACAUUCCGUGGCCGAAAUUCAGCCCACCACCAUGGAUAA